AUCUUUCAGAAAAAGGAAACUGAUUUUUUUAUAGGGAAAUGAAUGAUUAAAAUUAAAAUAUGUGGAAUAUCGCCGGAAUUUUCGUUUGCUUAGCUUCAAUUUUGUACGGUGUUGGCGGUAUUAAUUUUCUUAAUGGUAAAUACAGGAAUGUUAAUAUUGUUAUCCAAAACACUGUUGCCGAGAACGAGGUUCUAAUUGAACGAAUUAAGCAAAUUUUUACCAACGCAUCUCAGCUCCUUUUCGAAGCGACACGGUACCAAGUGUCUUUUGGACAAAUUAACAUUAUUAUACCCAAUACAUGGAGCUCGAAACCAGAAUAUCAGGAGAUACCCGCUCUGUCCGAGUUAGACUCUUACAUCACCGUCGAUGAUGGAAAGGUUAAAAUGCCUCAUACUAAACGCAAGAGAAAGAAGUGCGGCUCAUCUGGGCGUUAUAUCUUCUUACCGGAAAGCUUUUUAUUGGAAGAAGGGAAAACAAAAUAUGGACACCAUGCAAACGUUGUGGUUCAUGAGUGGGGUCAUUUGAGAUGGGGACUAUGGGAUGAAUACGGAAUAAAGAAAAAUGGAAGAUUUUACUUAAAAGAUGGUGAAUGGAAGCCUGUAGGAUGCAGUGCGCAAAUUACGGGUAAAGUUGGCAGAGGAUCACAAUGCACUCGAGGGAUAUCAAAAUGUGACAUUUCUAACACUGAAACAGUUAUUAAUGAAACUUGCAAGUUUUGCCCUGAUGAAUCACAACCAAUAUCCAACAUGAGCUCCAUAAUGGCAUUUAAUUGGCUUGAUGCGGUUGUUACUUUCUGUGAUCGUGAGAAUGACACAAGUGUUCCUGUUCACCAAAGACACAACAGUAAUGGCAAGAGUAAACAAAAUUUGAAAUGUAAAGGCCGUAGUUCCUGGGAAGUAAUGAGGGACCAUGAAGACUUCAGAUCAGAAACUAUGUUGCUAACGACCAAACUUGGCGAUCCUGCCGGAUCAGAGAUUAUAGUGAUAUCAGAUGGUCAAGAUGGUUACGCAAGUAUCCUCGAUAGUGCAAUACAAGAUGCUGUUGACACAAGUGUAACUAUACACAGGCAGCUCCAAGCGUUUUCUGAAAGGUUUGAUGUCACAAGUCCGGAUGGAACUGUUUAUACAAAACAAACUUCUGACGACAAUGUUGUUUUGGACAUACCUGGUACAGCCAUUGCCGGGCAAUAUAAUGUUUCCAUUGAAUCAAGCACGUCAUCUUUGGAGCUUUACGUUACAUCUUUACCUACCGACGCGGAGGCUGUUCGUGUCUCUUCAUGGAUAUCUCCAGUGGAUUUUGACUUUUCCUCUGGUGAAUUACCUGUUGUUGAAGCCGACGUAAUGAAAGGAAGAGCGGCUGUUUUAAAUGCGAUUGUUACAGCACUUGUGGAAACAUCAGCUACUAAUGAUUGUACAAUUUCAUUACUUGAUGAUGGGGCAGAUCCUGAUGAUACGUCUGAUGAUGGGGUAUAUGCCGGAGUAAUUCCAGCAUUCUGUAUCGACAGAAAUGGUCGUGUGAGUGCAAAGGUUUAA